AUGGCCACGACCGCGAGGGAAGUCGAGCUCCAGCACAAGCUGCUGCAGGACGCGCAGUCCAUCAACGAAGUGACGCGUCUACUGCGCCAAGAGAUCGCACUGUUCCAGCGCACGAUGUACAAGAACCACAGCCAGCAUCGUCGCGCGUUUUUCUUUCAGAAUCUGCAGCACGUGAAACGACAUCUACGGGAUUUGCGGCUCGAGGCUUUGACUGCCGCUUUUGCAGAGGCUGCGGCGGUUUUUAGCCAAUUGGAACUGCCGUCUGGAGCGCACCAUAUUUCCUGGAAGGUACUCGCAUCCGAUCUAAAGGUCAGGGUUGAUGCUGCACUGCGGAAGCUCCAGACUGUGGCAAGAGCAGCGGCAGAAGUGAUUUGGGUCGCUCAGAAGGCGUACAAAUGUUUGCUGGUCCAGUUUGCUAUGACGUACUUUAUGCCGUUCGUUCUGAUGAUGAAUAGCAUCCUUGCUCGACUGACGGUUUUGAUGAAGACAGUACUUGUGCGAGCAAUUGAGCUGCACGGAGGUAUGACGUUGCUGUAUCUGAACGAGGUGACCAAGUCGAAUCCACUGCGUGCCAGGGUCACUGCAGUGCAGCUCCGUGGGUACCAGAUUUCUUCCGACGUCCUGCAGAUUGCAAACGCUUAG